GGCCGCGGCCUCGCUCCGUCCUCUCCCUCCCUCGUCCGCCGGUGCUUCCCUCGCUAGCUCGCCGGUGUGACCAUGGGUCCCGCCGCUCGCCCUGCGCUGAGGUCGCCGCCUCCUCCGCCUCCUCCUCCUCCUCCGUCGUCGCCGCCGUCGCCGCUACUGCUCCUGCUGCCCCUAUUGCCGCUGUGGCUGGGCCUGGCGGGACCCGGGGCCGCGGCGGAUGGCAGCGAGCCGACGGCCCGGGCGGGGCGGGGUGGAGCCCGCGCCGUGCGAGUGGACGUGAGGCUUCCUCGGCUGGACGCUCUGAUCCUGGAGGGCGUCCGGAUCGGCCCCGAAGCCGACCCGGGGCCUCCGCUGGGCGGCCGCCUGCUGCUGAUGGAUGCCCUGGAAGCUGAGGAAGAAGUGCCCGCAGAAGGCUGGAUUGCAGUGGCAUAUGUGGGCAAGGACCAGGCGGCCCAGUUCCACCAGGAAAAUCAGGGCAGUGGCCGCCAGGCCUAUCCCAAGGCUCUGGUCCAGCAGAUGCGACGGGCCCUCUUCCUGGGAGCCUCUGCUUUGCUUCUCCUCAUCCUGAACCACAAUGUGGUCCGAGAGCUGGACAUAUCCCAGCUUCUGCUCAGGCCAGUGAUCGUCCUCCAUUAUUCUUCCAAUGUCACCAAGCUGUUGGAGGCACUAUUGCAGAGGACUCAGGCUACAGCUGAGAUCACCAGUGGAGAGUCUCUGUCGGCCAACAUCGAGUGGAAGCUUACCCUAUGGACCACCUGUGGCCUCUCUAAGGAUGGCUACGGAGGCUGGCAGGACUUGGUGUGCCUGGGAGGCAGUCGGGCCCAGGAGCAGAAGCCCCUGCAGCAGCUAUGGAAUGCCAUCCUGUUGGUGGCCAUGCUCCUGUGCACAGGCCUCGUGGUCCAAGCCCAGCGACAGGCAUCCCGGCAGAGCCAGCAGGAACCCGGAGGCCAGGGGGACCUGUUCAAGCGCCAGGUGGUUCGAAGACUGGCAUCCCUCAAGACCCGGCGCUGCCGGCUGAGCAGGGCAGCACAAGGUCUCCCAGACCCUGGCACUGAGACUUGUGCUGUUUGCCUGGACUACUUCUGUAACAAGCAGUGGCUCCGGGUGCUGCCGUGUAAGCACGAGUUCCACAGAGACUGCGUGGACCCCUGGCUGAUGCUGCAGCAGACUUGCCCGCUGUGCAAGUUCAAUGUACUGGGGAACCGCUACUCCGACGACUAACCCCAACCCCAGUGGGGACUCUUCACGGGGAAUGGAUCCCUCCUGGCCUGCAGCCUGGGCUCCUGGAGAGAGAGAGAGGAUGGUGGGAUGGAAAGGCCAGUCAGCCCUGUGGGCAGAGGAAAGACUCCACCAUGCCUGUGCUGGGUAAGAGGGACUCAGUGCCUCAGGCUAAGGAGGCAGAGCCAAGACUUUGCAGCAAUGAAGCAGUCUGUCUGCAAUCCUGGGACGUCUGUGUCUGCCCUCUUCACAGGCAGCUCCCAGGGCUCUGAGGAAGGAGAAUGUGGCCAGUACAUCUCUCCCCAGUGUUCUGGGGCUACAAUGGCUGAGUUUUAUGCUAUUUAUUGGUGGGUAGGAGGAGGGAAAUGCUGUGUGGUUUUGGGGCCUACUGGACUGACCAUCUUUCUAGAUACAGCUUGGUCAAAUCAAGGCUGUGAGGUUAACUGCCCGCUGUCCUCAUCUUGGGCACUGGGAGUCAUGGGUCUUGCUGCCUGUCCAGCUGGGCUCCACCCCCAAUCUAGCUGGAAUCAGAGGCCUUAGAAAUUGAGUGCUGCACUUCUUGGUUGGACUACAUGUUGCUUGACCGGGAUACUUGAAGCCACAGGAUAAAUGUGGUGCAUCUUCCAAGGACAUCCAUUUUUUAAAACAAAAACAGUUGGGGUGGGGAAGUUUUAAUAAUAAAAUAAACAUGAAAUAUAUUUUAAGAUGUAAAA